AGUCGAGAGCCGAUGUCGGCAGUGUCACAAUUUGCUAUUAUUUCUACUUUUCCACGCAGAAUUGUGAAACUAGCCUUUAGUGGAAUGCACCAAGAGUUACCUGUCAAAUAUAACAAUUUUGUGGGCAACUGUUAAAAUAAUAAAUUAAAACUUUUAAAACUAAAAACUUUAUUGUCCUAGUUAUAAAUCUUCAUUUUAAUAAAAUAUAACGUAAUUCCUACGACAACAAUAUAUUAAUAUCAUUUAAGUGAAUUAUUUUUGAAAAAAUUAUUGCAGAGCUGGCAACAGUGACAAUGACAUAAUUUCAAACCUCGGUUCAGAAUAUAGAAAUCUUACAAAUUUCACAUUUAUCUACUUUGUUUAUUCUAUUUUUAAAUAAGUGUAUGGUUCCAAGGUCUACAACUAGUUUAUAUAGAUCAGUUUGUAAUCAAAAUUAACCCUUAUCUUAUCUAUUAAAAUACUUAAGAGUAUUUGUAAGGUGCUUUUUCUUUGUCAUGCUGUAUAACAUUUUAAACUAGGUACAACAAAGCUAUUUUGUAUAAACAAUGGAUAUAAUUUUUUGGCCUAUAACUAACCAUGUAAAAGCUACAAUAAACAGAACAUUUGAAGGACGAGAGGCUUGGCAAAUAGUAUCCACUUCAGUUACUACGGUGGUAGUAGUUACAAACCUCUUUAGAUUUCUGUUUCAAAAAGAGGAGAAUAUCAUUGAAAGAACAAAGAAAACUGCUUUUAAAUUACUAAGGAAGAUUCCCUCGAUAAAAAAGAAAAUUGAUGAGGAAUUGGAGACUGUUACUAAAAAUUUCGAAGACAGUAUGAAAAAUAAAACGAAAGAUUUAUUGUAUAUAACUCAAUUACCAAAAGAAGGGAUGGGAAAAGAAGCUAUUUUCAAGAGUUUAGAUGAAAACUUGAGUUUAGGGAAUUAUGAUUGGAAAGGAGGUCAGGUUUCUGGAGCUGUUUAUUAUUUCAAUCAAGAUUUAAUCGAUUUAGUUUCCGCUGUUUAUGGAAAGACAUCGUAUACAAAUCCACUACAUCCGGAUUUAUUUCCUGGUUUAUGUAAAAUGGAAGCCGAAGUUGUGAGAAUGACUAUUGAUCUCUUUCAUGGAGGGCCAGAUGCUGUCGGAUCAAUGACGAGCGGUGGUACUGAAUCAAUUUUGAUGGCCUGUAAAGCUUUUAGGGAUUACGCUAGAGACAUAAAAGGGAUUACGCAUCCAGAGAUAGUAGUUCCAAUUACUGCCCAUUCGGCAUUCGAUAAAGCAGCGCAAUUUUUUAAAUUAAAAAUCAGAUCUAUUCCAAUCGACCCUCUUACUUGUCAAGUAGAUCUGGUAAAAUAUAAAAAAGCCAUCAAUAAUAAUACAGUUAUGUUAGUAGCUUCUGCUCCAAACUUCCCCUAUGGUACUAUGGAUAACAUCUCCACCAUAUCUGAAUUCGGUAUUAGAUAUGAAGUACCUGUACAUGUAGAUUCGUGUUUAGGAGGAUUUUUGAGUUGUUUUAUGGAGGAAGCCGGAUAUCCCAUUCCUAUUUGCGAUUUUAGGUUACCUGGAGUUACAAGUAUAUCUGCUGAUACCCAUAAAUACGGUUAUACUCCAAAAGGGUCUUCGGUUAUAAUGUACAAAGAAAAAAAAUACCGACACUAUCAAUAUACGGUUUCAACUGAGUGGCCUGGAGGUGUGUAUGGUUCCCCAAGUGUUAGUGGAUCUAGACCUGGGGGUAAUAUUGCCGUUUGUUGGGCAGCUAUGCUGAAUUUUGGUAGAGAUCAAUAUGUGCAAGCCACUAGAGAAAUUAUACACACAACUAGAUAUAUAGAAAAAGGAUUGAGAAGAAUGAAAGGAAUUUUCGUUUUUGGAAAUCCGGUAACUAGCGUUGUAGCUAUAGGAUCAAAAGAUUUUGAAGUUUAUAGAUUGUCUUCUGCGCUCGAAGAAAAAGGUUGGAAUUUAAACGCUCUCCAGUUUCCUUCUGGUCUCCAUAUAUGCGUAACCAGACAACAUACUCAACCUGGAGUUGCUGAUAAAUUUUUGGACGACGUUAGAGAUUGUUUGGAUGAAAUUUUAAAAGAUCCAGGAUUACCUGUAGAGGGAAAGAUGGCCAUAUACGGAGUAGCUCAAUCGCUGCCAGAUAGAUCUAUAGUUGUAGAUUUCACUAGAAUAUUUUUGGAUUCAAUGCUUUACACACCAGUGAAAGAGAUUAAAUAUUAAGAUAUGUUUGAUUUUCUCGUUUUGAUUAUUGUGAGUGAUUAAAUAAAUACAUAUAUCGAAA